GUCGCAAACCUGCGCCAAGCUCUACUUCAACUAACGUUACUUCAAGUACCGGUACUUGUACUGUUGUAGUACCGAAUGUUAGUGUUAGUUUUCGGAUGAGCAAGGAAAGAAUCAUUGAACAGUGGACAACUAACUGUUUACUUAAUCUUUACUUGUCCAGCACUGACAGCGAGUGUUAAAAUCAUCCAAGAUGCAGGGCACUAUCAGAUUCUGCUUCUUGGUCAUGCUCGCCGCUACCUUCACUGGUUUAGCGGUUUCAUUGAACAACGGUUUGGCCCGCACACCUCCCAUGGGAUGGCUGGCUUGGGAACGCUUCAGAUGCGACCUCAACUGCAAAGAUGACCCGGACGACUGUAUCAGUGAAAAGCUGUUUCUGGACAUGGGUAAGCGACUCAGUGAGGACGGCUGGACGAAGUUUGGCUAUGACAGAGUGAAUAUUGAUGAUUGUUGGCCAGCCAAGGAGAGAGAUGCUGAGGGUCGCUUGGUGGCUGAUCCUGAGCGAUUUCCCCAUGGCAUAAAAUGGCUUGCAGAGCAACUGCAUGGCAUGGGAGUGAAACUUGGUAUUUAUGAGGACUACGGGACGAAAACGUGUGCGGGCUACCCGGGCACAAUGGACCACAUCACAACGGACGCAGACACGUUUGCCUCCUGGGGAGUGGACAUGUUGAAAAUGGACGGCUGCAACUCUAACAUCUCCACCAUGGACACCGGCUAUCCGGCUAUCGGCGACGCGCUGAACAAGACCGGCCGCCCGAUCCUCUACUCGUGCAGCUGGCCAGACUACGAGCGUGCCCGGCACAUGGACGUCAACUACACGUUCAUAGCUGAGCAUUGCAACAUGUGGAGGAAUUACCACGACAUCGGCGACUCCUGGCAGAGCGUCUACACAAUCAUCGACUUUUACGGAAAUGCGUCCAACUAUGAGCUGUUUGGAAAAGUAGCCGGUCCAGGAAACUGGAACGAUCCGGACAUGUUGAUCAUUGGCGACUUCUCGCUGAGCUUUGAGCAGAGCAAGGCUCAGUUUGCAUUCUGGUGUCUAAUGGCAUCGCCGCUGUUCAUGUCCAACGACCUGCGCGCCAUCUCCGACGAGGCUAAGACCAUCCUGCAGAACACCGAGAUCCUGGCUGUCAAUCAAGACCCGCUGGGCGUGCAGGGAUACCGCGUUCAUCAGUACAACAAUCAUGAAGUCUGGUGCAAGCCACUGCAUGACAAGUCGGUAGCGGUGAUCCUGUGGAACCGCAGUACUGGCGGUAUGCAUUCCAAGAUAACAGUCCAGUUCAAGCAGGUUGGACUACCAGCGAGUGGCAAUGUGACAGUCCGAGAUCUGUACGAACAUCAAGACAUGGGAUCUUUCUCCGGCUCCUAUUCCACCUACGUGAAUCCGGCCGGGGGAGUUGUAAUGCUGAAGCUGACUCCGGUUGCACUGGCUGAUCGCCGAGCUGCCGAGGCUUACGUGCUGUAGAGGCAGCAGAUCAUGAUGAGUGGACUGUCUGCCACAAAUCCCGCUGGGUUUCCCAAAUGUGGUGAUCUCCGGGUGUCAUCAGUCUUGCCGUCAAGGCUAGUGCUGGGACCCGCGCAAAUAACUACGAGUGUGUCGUCACUACUUUGUCCACUUCAAAUCUUGAAGUAUAUGGCUACUGCAAGCUUUGAUCGAAUUUUGAGUCAAUUACCAACAGUUCAUCAGUUAAGUCUGUCAUGACAAUUAAUCAAUUUGCAAAUGAAUUUUAAAUAUUUGUGA